AUGGAAACAGAAAAUUUUACAGAGGAUGAAAUGCAGGCAUUACCAGGGUUUCUUUGCUCAGCGGGUUUAACAAGUAGACUUCACUUUCAGUUGACCUGUCUUUCAGUUAUAAAUGCAUUACUAUCUGUUACUGCAGUUCUAGGGAACACUAUAAUACUAUUUGCUCUUAAUAGGGAAUCAUCCCUUCAUUCACCGUCCAAACUUUUAUUUCGCUGUCUAGCCACAGCCGAUCUCUGCGCUGGACUCAUUGCAGAGCCUUUAACAGUUGCGUUUUGGAUCUCGUUCCUGCACGGACGACGGGAAAUUUGUAGGUACACAUUGAUGUCUUUGGGAGCUGGCUACACUUUAAUCUCGGUAUCUUUGUGUACCUUGACUGCAAUAAGCGUCGAUCGUCUCCUCGCACUUGUGCUGGGUCUAAGAUAUAGAAAAGUAGUGACGAUGAAGCGAACGUAUGCGGUUGUCGCGGUCUUUUGGGUCGGAGCCACAGCCGGCACCACCACGUUUUUCUGGGAUUACCGUGUAACGUUCUGGGGAGGCUACAUGACAAUAUCGCUGUUUCUUUUGAUCUCAACUGCCUCUUACAGCAAGAUUUUUCUUAUUCUUCGUCAUCGGAAAACUCAAGUACGAGAUCGUAAUAAACGAGGACCGUGCCAAGGAACUACGGUCAACCUUAUGAGAUACAGGAAAGCAGUUUACAAUGCACUGUGGUUGCAGCUGAUGCUGGUGGUCUGCUAUCUACCUUAUGGAAUAGCGGUGGCUUUUUCUGCUAAUAGGGUUAUGUCUUCGCCUCUCUUUCUUGCUAGACAAUGUACCGUCACCCUUGUUUUCCUGAAUUCGACGCUUAAUCCAAUUCUCUACUUUUGGAAAAUGGGAGAAGUUAGGCGAGCUGUAAAGAAUACAAUCAGCCAGUUUUUAUCCUUCAACUAG